UCUGGUAGCCGGUGCAGCAGGAGUCAUCAUCCGUAAAACCAGAGUGGGAUGUUUCUUCGCCUUCACCGCCUUUGGUCGGCAGAAUGGACAUCAAACUAAACGUCCCAGCAAACUCUCUGGAACCAUCCGCCAGCAAGCUUCCAUUUUCACGUCAACACCAUUGCUUCCACUCUUUUAUUCACCAUGGCGGGAAUUUUCGAGGCUCCCCGCAAUGCGGGACAACUCUUUCUUGGAGGACAGAAAAUCAGCGGUUCUGAUAUCAGAGACCAGAAUGUUCUGGCGACCCAAGCGAUUGCAAAUGUGGUGAAGAGCUCCUUCGGACCUUCUGGCCUUGACAAAAUGAUGGUGGAUGACAUCGGGGAUGUUACUGUUACCAACGAUGGAGCAACUAUCCUAAGCUUGUUAGACAUCGAGCACCCCGCAGGAAAAAUCCUGGUGGACCUGGCACAACAACAGGAUAAGGAGGUUGGCGAUGGAACUACUUCCGUUGUUUUAAUAGCGGCAGAACUUUUGCGACGAGCGAACGAGUUGAUGAAGAACCGGAUACACCCCACCACGAUCAUCACAGGUUACCGAUUGGCACUUCGAGAAGCAGUGAAGUACAUGAGUGAGAAUAUCAGCACCAAAGUCGAGCAUCUAGGGAGGGACAGUUUGAUAAAUAUUGCAAAGACAUCAAUGUCAAGCAAAAUCAUAGGCUCUGACGCAGAUUUCUUCGCCAACAUGGUGGUCGAUGCGAUGCAGCAAGUCAAAAUGAUUUCGCCGCGCAAUGAGGUUAAAUACCCAGUUAAGGCUGUCAAUUUGCUCAAAGCCCAUGGGAAGAGUGCUACUGAAUCCCUACUUGUUCAUGGAUAUGCUCUAAACUGCACAGUUGCUUCACAAGCCAUGGUUACUCGGGUUACAGAUGCAAAGAUUGCUUGUCUUGAUAUGAACUUGCAGAAGGAGAGGAUGAAGCUUGGCGUUCAUAUUACGAUCGAUGAUCCACAGCAGCUUGAGAAGAUCCGCGAAAGAGAAUCUGGAAUUGUCCUCGAAAGAGUGGAAAUGAUAUUAAAGGCGGGUGCGAAUGUCAUUCUCACGACUAAGGGUAUUGAUGACCUCUGUCUUAAGAUGUUCGUCGAGAAGGGGGCGAUGGCAGUAAGGAGAUGCAAAAAGGAAGAUCUUAAACGCAUCGCCAAGGCUACGGGAGCGACGCUGGUCAGUACACUAUCUGACCUUAAUGGCGAUGACAAAUUCGAACCCUCUAGCUUGGGCCACGCAGAAGAGGUUGUUCAGGAGAGGAUAUCCGACGAUGAAUGUAUCCUGAUCCGAGGGACCAAAGCCCACACUGCUGCUUCAAUUAUUCUCCGUGGCUCAAAUGAUUUCCAACUCGAUGAGAUGGAACGUUCUGUGCACGAUUCUCUCUGCGCUGUCAAGAGGACACUGGAAAGUGGAAGCAUCGUUCCUGGCGGCGGUGCUGUCGAGACCGCCCUGCAUAUCUACCUCGAGGAAUUUGCAGUCACAGUCGGCUCCCGCGAACAGCUCGCCAUCGGCGAAUUCGCCCAAUCCCUCCUCGUCAUUCCCAAAACCCUGGCUGUGAAUGCAGCCAAGGACUCAUCCGAGCUCGUUGCCCAGCUCCGUGUCCGCCACGCCCUCUCCCAGCGCGUCCAGGAGGGAGACGCCAACGAGGAAGAGAAAGCCAUCGCCAAGAAGAAAAUGUAUAAGAACUACGGCCUUGAUCUGACGAGAGGCAAAGUUGUGGACUGCGUCAAGGCAGGUGUCUUGGAGCCUAGUAUGAGUAAAGUGAAGCAGUUGAAGAGUGCGGUGGAGGCCUGUAUCUCGAUUAUGAGGAUUGAUACACUUAUUAAACUUGAUCCUGAGAGGAAGGCUGAGGAUGAUGGACAUGGACAUCACUAGAAAUUUUUGGGAGUUGUAGUUUCAAAAAAAAAAAAAAAAGGAAAACUUUUUGCUGGGUUGAUACCAUAUAACUUUUCCUAUUUGUUUUGUCCAUUUUAUUAACUUUUAGAAAAGGAUGCAAAGAAAAGUUUUAUGCCUUUACAAAGAAAGACCUUAACGCCGUUAAACGUGAUUGUUUAGAAGUUAAUUUUUUUCCGUCCUGCCAAAGGAUUCUCCUCCCGUAUUUUCCGUAUCUUCUGAGAUCUAAGUCCUUUAUUUUGACGGUACAUAUAAGACCCUACUGAAUUUAUAGGGUAGAGAAUAAUUAACUUGUUAAAAAGUGGUGUGUUAUGAUAAUGCACGCUUAACUUAUGUUUUCCCUUCACCUUUUGGAAAUGUAGGGAAGAAUGAGGAUGAACAACCAAAAAAUCAACAGGGAGGGCAUCCAGGCUAGCAAAACAGCUUCUAAUAACUUUGCAAUAAAAUAAUAUGAAAACGGAAAGGCAAAAGCGACUCCCCAAGGCACAUAGGCAGUAUCCGCAGUUGUAGCAAU